CAACGCUUCGACGCGUAGUCGAACUUUUUUCCAAUUGCUAUACCUUCAAUUUUUGAAUUGGUCAUUAUGAGUGAAAAAAAUCAAGAGGAGCUGGGGUUAUUCGAUACCGAAUACUGGACAAUUACCGUCAAACUACAAAAAGUCAUAGGCCUCUAUUGUUUUCAAAGUGAUCGAAGAAAUUGUAUCUCUUGGAUCUAUGUCUUUGUAUUCACCUUGUCAUUUAUGAUCUCGAUGGGUGUUAGGCUGAUCAACGAAAUCGGCGUUCAUAUCGAGAUCGUCGUUGAGAAUAUCGUGGGCGAAAUGUACUUGCUAGCAGUUUUCAAUAAACUAGUUAUCAGUGUUCUCAAGAGAAAAUCCUUCAAAAAAUUUUACGCCAAGGUCGCUGAUCACUGGCGUAUGAUCGAGGACGCCGAGGAGCUCAAAAUCAUGACCGAUAACAUGAGAAACGGCAGAGACGUCGUUAAGCUCUACUCGAUCUUCAUAAUUAUCGGCACGACGAUUUUUCUCUCUAUGCCGAUAUUUUCGCCGCUUCUCGAUUACGUGGUGCCGUUGAAAAAUGCGACUCGGCCCAAGGCCCUGCCCUACUACGCCGAGUACGGCGUCGACAUCGAGGAGUAUUAUUAUCCCUUGAUCGCCCAAGCCGUAUUUGGCGGCGUCGGAACGAUAACCGUCUUGGUGACGUUCGACCUGGGCUUCAUGAUGCUGUCGCACUACGUCAUUGGCUUAUUCGCUUUGGCCAAAUAUCGUCUAUCAAAGGUAAACACAUUAAUGCGAAAAAUCGAGGAGCGAAAUGGAAACCCUUGGAAAUCAAAUUGGCCUAUUCCAUACAUUCUAGAGGCCGUCAAUGUUCACCGGCAAGCCUUGGCUUAUGUCGCUGAAUUGGAGGACUGCUUCAAUAUAGCUUGGUUUAUAACGCUCAUUUUGAAUAUGAUGAUGUUUGGCGGGGGUAUGGCAAUAUUGCUGCUGAAAAAUAAUCCGGAAGACAUGUUUCGCUAUACGAUGGUACUCCUAGCUGGCUUCAUGCAUUUCUAUUAUAUCUUUCUGCCGGGUCAAGAAAUUAUUAACGCCAGUGAAGAAGUUUUCGACGUUUGUUGCGCUUGCGGCUGGUACAAUUUGUCCGAGAAGUCUAAAUUUUUGGUACAAUUCAUAAUGGUUAGGAGUUUGCAGUACUCAUUUUUGACGGGAGGCAAAAUGUUUCCACUUUCCAUGGAAACCUAUUGUAACGUGAGUAAAAUUUCUAAGGGUUAA